UAAUAUCAAUACAUGUAAAUAAACAAUACAAUAAUAGAAAAACAAAUAUGAUUAAAACUGUAUAAUAUGCAUUAAACUACACAUAUUUACAUGCGUAUAUACAUAAUGUCUAUGUAGGUUUUAUUCAUGUUUUCCAGCCACGCAGUUGUAGCUUCAGAGAUUCAGCAGCAGUGGAUCCGGUUCUCCUUAAACACAUUUCUCUCUUCUUCCUCACAUCGUGUCUUUAUGAAACCUUCAAAACCAAAACAACAGCCACCUUACUUUAGACAGAGUUAAAGAAUUACACACCAAUAACAGUCUUUGCCUCCUUCUGUCACAUAAUCUAAAUCAAUGUUAGGGAAUAAUUACAACUUUUAAAGAUUUACAAAGUCUCAGUUAGCCUUCAUAGCUGAACCCGGUGUUACACCGUUACUUGGGUGUACUUGAGUAGGAGGGACGACCGUUCCAAGAUGGCCGCCGUGUUUCCUGCAGCCAACGCUGGGUCUACUCUUUAUAUUAUGUCUACGCUCUUGAACGCACUGCCGAAAGGAACUCUGGGAAAGAGGCAACAUGGCGCGAUGUUCAAAUUCUCCAAAUAAUUUUGAACUGAUGUCAGUUUGAGUUUUAUCCGCAGUCCGCCAUGAACGGAGGCGGAAGGCGGCUGGAGCCGCUGGCGGCGGCCGGAGCUCCGAGGAGGAACCGCCUGAGCCGCAGCCUCAGACAGAGCCAGACUGGAGCGGCGGCGGUCCUGGAGUCCACCCGGACCGGGGGAGAACCAGAGUUCAAGACUCCCACCAGAAUCUCCAGAACCAAACCCAGUUCGGUUCCGGUUCCGGGCCCGAACUCCCCGCACAACGACCCGGAUCUCCAGCAGGACAUCGUCUGGGACGCCGCGUCCCCGUCGCCCCGCCGAUCCGGAACAAGAGGGGAAAAGGCCGCCGCCGGAGGCGCCGUGAACAUCUCAGAGAUCGUCAGCAGGAUCGCUCCAGAGCACGGCAGGCCGCGGGUCACAGAACCGGCGCUGCAGCAGUGGAUCGGAGACAGCGCCGCCAUUCCCUGCACCCCGGACCCACAGGGCCCGCGGGCCAAGAGGCGCUCUCCCAGAGCGACCGGAGUGGAGAACCUGCUGCGGCUCGCCAGGCAGCUGGACCAGAACCUGUUCCAGAACCAGGACCUAGAGGAGGUUCUGACCGAGGAAGGUCAGGGCCCCAGGUCUUUUGGAUCGGAACCACGGCCUGACCGAGGCUUCCUGCAGGAUGACCUGGACUUCCUGCUUGACGGUCCGACCCAGACGCGGAGCAGAACCCCGGGUCAAGGUCAGACUCAGAACCGACCAGGUUCAGCGUCCCUGUGUGGUUCUAGUCCAGCCGGCUCCGGGACGUGCAGCGGACCCGGGUCGGUUCAGAACCAGUUAGAGGACGACUGGGAGAACGACGACCUGCUAAACGACUCGCUGGUUCUGGAGAUGACCCAGAACCCGGACCGUUUCCUGGUUCCAAAGCUCUGCUCCACCCAGAACCCGGCUGGUUCUGGUCAGGGUUGGGUCGCUCCGUCUGUCGGAACCAGAACUGAGAAAGAGAACCAGGACCCAACCUGGAACCCAGACUGGAGUUCUGGUUCUGGGAAGUGGGUCCAAACGAGAACAGAACAGAACCGGUUCUCCUCUGUCUUCAGAGCUCCAGAACCGGGUCAGAUGUGCAGCUUGGAACCAGAAUCCCAGUGGUUCUGGAGCGACCCAAUGAACCGGCCCGGUUCCGAUGGGCCGGAAGUCCUGGGCCAUCUGGACUCUGUGUUUCGGUCGGAACCGGUCUGGGACGGCCCGUCUGACGACCUGUUGUGUGAGAUGUGUGAAGACCUGGAGAACCGGAUCCAGGUCCAAACGAACCGGACCGGGUCCGAUCAGAGGGCGGCGCUGCAGCCGACCCACCGAAACUCUGGGAACCGGAUCCGACCGGACCCGGCCGGACAGGCUGGCUGCUCAUUUGCCGCCGCUCCGGUGAAGCAGCCAAUCGGCCGCGCCGUCUUCAGGAACAGAACCGGGUCAGAACCGUUGGCGGCGCUGCGACCCAAAGACGCCCGGUGCUUCACCUUCAGGAGGCCCUGCGACCGGGUAACCAUGGCAACCGAGAAAGGGAAAUGCUCGGCCGCUGAAAUCGAGCUGAAGAAGCAGCAGGCGCUGGAGAGGCGGCGGCGGCGGCUGGCUCCGACCGGAACCGGCUGACCCGGACCGACCCAGAACCAUUUUUUUAUGUUGUGGGUUUAAAAUGGCGAUGAUGCGUUCAGGGACCGCAGGACAAGCCGCAGUAGGACUUUAGACUCUUUUUCUGUCGGUUCUGAAAUGGAAGUUAUGGAAAUUCCUUAAAAAUGUUUUUCAAGUUUCAGAAACUUCAACAGUUUAUUUCAUCCUCAGCGUUUAUGUUUUAUCCAUAAAGCUGAAGAUUUCUGGGGACUGGAAUCAAUCUACGUUCUGUGACGUCAUCAGGAGCUGCGGGGCUCACCGAGCAGCAGAUGCUAAUUGUACUGUCCCUUUAAGGCCUCAGCAGCCUCCUCACUGAUUUGCACCUUGUUGAAUCUGAUGUUAAUAAAAGGACUUUACCUGAA